AUGGCAGGAACUCCUGGCUCAAGGUCUGGAGGGGACAUUUCUCAGUCCUUUAAUUGGCUCAGCCGAGGCUCUCGGGGGACUGCGUACAUAAGCUACGCUCACUUCUCUCAUCUUCCGGCAUCCUCAUUUGAUUUUGGUAACAACGGAUACGCCGGCUGCUGCAAUUAUGGAGGCGAACUGCUCCAUUUCUCUUCACCAUCUGAUCGACAUGGACUGGUAUUUGCGCGAGGCAAAUUUUCAACUUCUUUGUAUUCCGUACUUGCUAGAAGUCAGCGCAAGGUUGGGGGACCAUCCACUUUUGGGCUUGAACUAACCCAACACACUUACCAACCCGAAGGGAAUUCCGGCGACCCUAAAGAAGAAUCGAUGUUCCGUCUUGGAAACAUGCUUGACCGAGGGUGUUUCAAUUACCGAUGGCCAUUCAACGAGUAUUCCCUUCUCGGCAAGCAACUAGCUACUAGAAAGGAGCUCUAUCAAAGAAUGGAGAGACAGGAAAACCAAAGCUCAAACCAAGGGAAAGAGAAUAUCCUAAGUGGGGAAAAGGAACACAUUGCUGAUGAGGACUCGGAGACGGGUACAUACGCGGUAUUCUCAUUCAUCAAGGACGGCAUACUCUACCAAGUUCUGCGCAUAGAGCAAGGCUGUUGGUCGGAUUCAAUAUCUAAUAUAUGUUAUUCGUUCCCCGAGGAGAGCCUUAUAUCCCUAACGAUUGGGGGUCCGUUACUUUUCCAACCCUUCGAUACUCCGAUGACAUCAGAUGAGUGUGCCAAGACGGGAGAGAGUAGGGAUGAAAGUAGCAAGAGCGAACGAGGCCAGAGGGUUCCAAAAAUGCGACUUGUGCCAGCUCAACUAGCACCUGGGAUGACUCAACCUCCCCCAGAUACUUGCGUGCAAUAUUUAGACCCGGUCAGUGGGAUCGGAUUAGAAGCAGUGGUGUAUCGAAUUCUUGGAGAACAGCCCGUACCGCUUCCACUAGUUGUCUCAGAUUCAGUAGAGGAUAAUGGGUGUGAAUCAAGCGAUUCAAAAGAUGGUGGUGGAAAACUAGCUGCAUGCCGUGCUCUUCACCGAUUGUCUUUCAAGAAUGGCCUAUUCGAAAAGCAAAGUGCAACCUUCAUCGCAGCCUUCCGUCUAUUCGAAGGGUCGCAUUGGGUUACGGCAAGUUGGCCCAAUGUCCCAUCGUCACAAGAUAUCUACGAAUAUGUUGGUGCCAGCCCACCAAAAGUGAGCGAUGACACUUCAAAAAUUAUGUUUAAAACUGGGUCCAUGUGGGAAACCAUCUUCCUCGAGCAAUAUCUGCGACCUGAUUUUCCCGGUCGACUUCCUGAAGUCAGUCUGAUCGGUCGCUGUUUUGAGAAGAUCAUGCAGGUCGACAUGGUCCCUAUCUGGUCGUUUGAGACCGAUGAACCAAUAUUGCCUUUUGCUCUUAUUAGUAAUAUCUUCAUGCAUCCGGAAGUCAAUUUCAAGUCAUUGUUCUGGAAGAUUCGAUUCCUCACUAAAGUCUACCAUUUCCUCUCUAAGAUUGCUGAACCCUUCACUGCGACCAACUCGGCAGUCAACGAGAACCUCCAGUCGAACAGAACAGAUAGAAACGAACAAGGCAACGAGAUAUAUGAACGUGGCAGCAGAGUGGAUGAUGGUGGUGGUAUGCCUCCUUUAGAUUUUGAUGCAGAGGAUAUACUUAUAAUGAGAUAUAUCGCUCAGGAGCAGCUAGGUCGCAUUAAAGGUCGAAUUAAAGGGAUCGUCUAUUUCCUGGUCCAAGUACUUGAUCCAGAUGGCAGCCUGAACAGAACGAUUGGUCUCUUCAAAACUCAAUCUUCAGCAGACGAAACUGAUUCCUACUAUAUUAUGAUUACCCUCUGGUAUGUCGUCAGGAAUCUUCCUGAUUUUGACUGGCCUAGAGCUCGCAUGCGGAAUAUUAGCAAGGCAAAUACUAAAAUGCCACCGCUCCCCGCCGACGACAACAAGAACUUUGGGGAAAUGAACAAGGAUAAAAUACCGCUCCUCCAAUGGUAUCACCAUGGCUCUAUCUUGCAACUUUGCGGGAAGGGAUUUCUUUCGAAAUCUUGGGAAGAGAACGGGUUGCGCGCGAAGAAAGUGCAUCGACUGAGAAAUGCAGCUUGGAUCACCUCAGCAAUCAAGAUAUCAAGAUCACCAUAUUGCGCUAAUGACGAAAUCUUUGACCGGCUUUCUUUCUUAGGACAUGAAUUGGGCUUGGAAGAGCUCGAGGGUUCCGCCUCUACUAUUGCAAAACUCUCUAUGAAGCGCAUCAAGGAGCGUGACUUCACGAGAUAUCUCAACCCUGGGUGGCUAUCGCCACAAGAGGAGGGGUACAUCGAGGGUCCGUGGGAGGUACAUGCUCUCUGUCACCACAGCCGAUUGAUGACCCUGAGCCUGGAAUACCACUAUUCGGAAGACCGGAAGACUUUGGAGCAGAAGGCGGAGGAAGUUGAGUUGUACAAAAAGAAAUGCCACUUCAUCAACUCAGAAGCGACCCUGGUUCCGUGUUGGGAGAGGUCACAUUUAAAAGCACGCCAAGGGUGGAUUCACUCAGAGGCGUCAUCGGUCCUUGCUUCAACCCUUUUAGAUCUCCACGAAAAAUGCUUGUAUGAUCCUUCAUGCUGCGUCAAGUCGACCAGCCCCCUGACAGAUCAAACGAAAGUUCUCAGUUCUCCCUGGCUACCCGGAGGCCAAAGCAAUGUUGGGCAGGAAAUGAAAUACAUUGGGGACUUCAUGAGUAAGCAGAUCAAGGCCCUUGGGGGUUUCGCUGCUGAAGGUAAUUUGCCAACCCCGAUCGAGUGGGUUAAGACUUGGAAGCCUCCUCAACGAUAUCACCCGGAUGCCUUCAUUCAUUCGCUUGACGAUACACCCGCUUUAUAUCAGGCUUGGAACCUGAAGAAGAGUGUCAGAGUCCCUGUCCCACUCCAUAAAUAUAUGACUCUUCCAGAAGACUUGGAAAAGGAAAAGCCCGAAGGUUUCAUAAAAAAAGACCUUGAAGUUUUGAAGGAGUUGAAAUCCAUAUAUGUAGUGGAUAUUGUUGAAGACGGAAUUGGUAAAGAGUCUCCGGGAUUGCUUGGUCGUCUAGUUGCUUCUGCUGCUACCGAUGACGAGGAUGAGCUAGUUCGUAGACUCUAUGACAGCAUGUCCGCCAUCGAUUGUUAUCAGAAUCCUGAUGGCCAUAAUCGUUCGGACUCGGGAGCCUUCCAAAAUGGUAAACGUAUUUCCCUUCCCUCGGAUUUCAAACGGGUAGUCGAAACUUCGGGGCCAGAGGAGAAGGCGAGGGACCAUAGAACACUUCUUUCUUGUUGUUUUGAGUUGCGAGUGUCGUCUCUGAUGCUCUCAACAAACGACUUUGGAGACUUCAGCCAAUGCUUCAUUAUCUCAGAGCUCAUUGGAUACCCUGAACUGAAGAAGCUUGGGGAAGAGGGACAGAAACUAUGGCAGAGGUUCAUCCAUCAACCUCAAACUGGGAGAUGCCUGGUGUUCUUCCUAGUACUUGGUAAACUAUGUCAAGAAAUUGCUAGGCAAUACCGGGGGGCUGUCGAUGUCAUCAGCUCCACCCUCAAUCUUGAUGGUCUGUUUUCAAGCAAAAAUAAGGGCCAAGAAGACGACCGUGAAGUUCAUAAGUUCCAGCUUGGACUCUGGAGUUUAGAGUCUCUGUACAAACUCCAAUAUAGCCUCAGGGAAUCGCUUGAGAGUGUAACGAGCGCAAAAGAACAGCUGAUGGUUCAGAUCAAAUACGGUCCUGGCACCCGAAGUGAGCCAUUGGAACGGAUGUGUCAGGAAAGCAUAGACAUCUUCGAAAGCUGCCUGUUAGAAUUGACUUCAGUUGCUGCGGAUCUAGAGCGCGAUAUUGAGCUUAACAGUCGCUACAAGGAUGCAUUCGAGGCCGUCCUGGCACUGACCGACAGUCGUACCUCAUUAAGUCAAAAUGACAUAUCUCUCAACCAAAAUCGCACGAUUCAGAGGUUGACCUAUUUAACCAUCGGGUAUCUACCCUUGGGGCUGAUAGCUGCGAUAUUUGCCAUCCCAGGGGAACAGCGGGUGGUCCAUGAGAGUAUGGGUCUGAAGUGGUUCAUUGGCAGUAUACUGGUGCUAUUGGCAUUCACCUCCGUAAUGGCUGUUCUCAUAGGUCGUAUCGGAAGUAUAUUGGAAGCCGUGGGUUGUUCGAUAAGCUCUGCUGUGUAA